AUGGUUUCUCGGCACGAUCGCGCGUUCCAACUGCUCGAUCGCACGCUGCGGAGCUAUGACGAGCGAGACGGCCAGACACAGGAAGGCCGGGCAUCCGCUCGUCGUCACCAUUCCAAACUGGACAACACACGCUGGAAGCUGCUCAAGACCCAGGCAGAUGCAUCUCUCUACACAGAACGCAGCUCCUGCACACUGCAAGACUAUAACCUCCUCGGUGGCGACUGGAAAAAUCCUGUGGUGUUUCAAAUGGUAGGGACGAUUCAAGGCGACCUCGAUGAAGUGAUGCUCGGUAUCGAAACCCCCGACACGACCAGCUUCAGGGUACGAACUGAGCUGUUCACAAAGCAGCCCGUAGACUGCGUCGUCCUGGAUAAGUUAAUGGGCCCAACCGAAGGUGACUUGUUCCGAUUUCUUGGCAUCAUGUGGACGAUGUACGAGUACAGUUGGCCGAUCAGGACAAUGGUCAAGCCACGCGACUUUGUCACGCUAACCGCGACCGGCACGAUGACUCGAGCAAGUGGUGACCGUAUUGGAUAUGAAGUGGUGGUACCAGCAAGACUACAGCAGUGUCCUCCACUGCCUGGUGGGGUCCUCCGCGGCAAAGUCAUGUACGCUGUGAUAUUCAAGCAACAGGAGCCAGGCAUCUUGGACGUCUACCUGCACACGUACGUCGAGACACAGGGCCUCCUUAUUGAUAAGUUGAUUGUGUCUGUCACGUGGAGGGCAAACUUGGGGUACUGGAAUGCCGACAAACUCACCGAAAUGAAGAAGCUACAGUGGUGUAUCGCCAAUUGCCGCUCCGAGCGUCAGAAGGAGCAGCAGCGAGCAUCGUCGUCAGCUUUGAGCCUGUGCAAGCAAUGUUUCGAUACAUGUAGACGGAAGAGACAUGCCGAUAAAAAUCUUAAUGGAAAGGACUCGUGCGUUCUGUGUGCGUCGCCGACGUGCUACACGUGCCGCGUGGAGAAAACACUUAAAGAGAUUGACGAGAUCACCGGGAGGCUGACGGACCUACCGGUCGUGGUGUGUCAGCCCUGUUUGCUCGCCACGUUAUCGGAGACCGUGUUUGAAGUCCUUUCGAUAGUAAUCGCCACAGCCAUCGGAUCGACUUGCGGUACACAGCUAAAGAACAUCUUCUAUCAUGGCUUCAAUCUACAGACGUCGACGGUAAGCAACGCGGCAGCGUGUUGCGAUCUCUGCGCUUCAUACAACGGGUGCGUACUGUACACGUACUUCCAAUCGUCCAGCACAGGCCAGAGCCUCUGCUAUCUGAAGAGCGGAGCGGGGGAAAAUACCAACUACGCCGACAGUUCCAGCGCGACGGCCGUGUCGGUCUUCAUGGUAUCAGCUACCGGCACACCAACCCCGACGACAACGAACGCGCCGUCACCUACGACUGCGACUCCGUCUGCAUGCUAUGAGCAGCUUGACGGCGUGUUUUACAAUGACAACACGAUCUUCGAGCUCUCCACUGACUCAGCUGAUGAGUGCUGCCGAUACUGCUCGCAACUAGCGAGCGAAGGCUGCGUGCUUUACACGCUUUACGUAUCGAAGAGCGAAAAUGUGAAGCGUUGUCUGUUGAAGAGCGCGGCGGGCACAGCCACGAACUACACAAAUUCGGACGACCUCACGAUAGUAUCGGUCUUCCUGCCUGCAUCAGCGACGCCCUCGCCCACACCUACGGGCGAGUGCACGGCUGAGGGUCAGUACUGCGGCAAUGCACAAGGAACGACGUGCUGCGAGUCACACAGCUAUUGUCAGCCUUGGAACAGCCAUUACUAUCACAGCGCCUUGACGCUGUACCCAUGGCUGUGCUGCUCACUUUGCCAAGAAACUCAAGGUUGCAACGCUUACACAUUUGUCAACCUGGAUCCGGCAGGACCUACGUGCUACAUGAAGACAAGCAGCGCCGGACGCGCCGCUAAUGUCGGUGCGUUGUCCGGCGUGCCGUUAAACAAGAUGACGUGA